AUGCACUGCUUGGAAGGGCCGGCAGGGCUUCGGAAUGCGACCUUCUUCCUCGGCGGCGGCGGCGGCGGCGGCGGCGGUAGCGGCGGUGGCGAUGGCCUCCUGGAGCUGCAUCACCUGCAAUGGAGACUCCGGCAAUCUGACCUCUCGGCGCGAAGGAACUGCAUUUGCCGUUCCGUUGAGGGAUCUUCGGGUUCCCGUCUACUCGUCACCUUUCCAUCUUUCAGGAGUAAGGCUAGGGCUCUGCCCAUGAGGAGAAGUGUUUUCUCUGCCUCAUCUUUCUUGGCGACGGCCGCUUCCGAUGGCGCUCGUAUAAAAGUUAUUGGCAUCGGAGGCGGCGGCAAUAAUGCCGUCAAUCGAAUGAUUGGCAGUGGACUCCAGGUAACUGGAAAGCUUUUGCAUCUCUCUCCGCUUCUAUUCCUUUGGAUUAAACAAUUUUUUUGGACCUUCUCUUUGCCAAAGCAAAUUGUGACAUACAUGAGGUUUAGGGUUUAUCUCGAUUUACUUGUUUCUUCUUGACCCACGUUACGAAGUGCGUCAUGUGGUUUUCAUUCGAUUAGGAGGAUGGAUUGUCGCUUAUAUUCGAUUUUCCUCUGCGUGUAAACAGAAUGCAGUGAAGAAUCCUCACGACUAGUUAGUGGUGAUGAUAAGUUGAGUGAGGAGUCUUAUUAGCUUAUGUUCUAAUGUCUUCUUAGGGAAAGAGCACUUUCGUAUAGUUGAGUCGGAUCCUUGUGUAAUCUUUGUGUAUGCUGACCGUUGAGCAGCUGCUCUGAGGCACUCAUCUCUGGAAGCUAGGUCCUGCGUUCAACCUCAUGAAAUCAGGAGAUAUAUGUAGGUCUCUUGAGAGUGUGGCUGGGGAUGAGUGGCAUACAUAAGACGAAUUUGUCUAUGCUGGUGAAGAGGCUCUAGUAGCUUAGGUCCGCUGUAGAGAUGGUUUAAUCAAGGAAAGUCAUAACAUGAAAAUUUUAUUGAUUCGGAAUAAAAUAUAAUUUGUUACAUGAUGACUCGGACUAUGUUUCCCCAUUUGAAGGAGAAUUAUCCGCACAAGUAACGUGUUAUAUGAAACAAUAAUUAUCAUCAUUCACGCUGCCAAUUGUACUUCUCGCUGAACAUAAUGGAAUCAUCAUUGGGUUGGAAGUUUCUAAAAUUAUUCGAAAUGUUGUUUUCAAUGACCCUGUGAUGAUUGCAGCGGAAAAAGCUUAUUCUCUUAAACAAGGGAGGCGAAUGCCAAGGAGCUUUUAUCUCUUUUGAUGUUUUAAAGCUGCAGUUAGUUGAUUUGUUCGCAAUGGCCUGAUAUUCGUUUACGAUCCUAAUGGAUAAGUUGAAGUAUGAUUGCUGAAAUUUACGGAAAGGAGGUCAACACUAAGUGCUGGAGAUAGGAGAGGGCUUCCAGCUGAAUGAAAUGAUGGAUUUUUCUGUGCAGACUCGCAACUGUCUAAACAAUGUUUCUCAAUGUGUUGCCUGUAUUGGUUAUUUUUGGAGGGGAGAUGUCCUCCGUGGGAACAUAAUUAAAUACACUUACUGAAAAUAUCAUCUCUCAAAAAGGUACUGUGCUCCUAGGGCAUCUAAUUUUUUUUUUCUGACUUGUCUGUUGCGAUGGAAAGCGCUUUGGAGAGGACCUUUUUUUGCUUUGAUGGAAAAUAUCCUUGCUUUGUUCUGUCUUUAACCUCUUAAUCAACAAGAAGCUGAAAUGCCAGUACCCAAGAAGGCAAGUUUAGGUCUUUGCAAAUAGCUUUUUGGCUGAACCUGAUAAAUGUCAGUUUGUUACCAUCGUUGUAUUUUUCUCUCUCAUAGGCCAAGUUCAAUUUGCAGAAUUGGUAUGAAAUUUGAUAAAAAAUGUGAAAGCCAGUAAAAACUGUCGGCCAGAAAGACCAGCAGUCUUUUUCUUGUUAGAUAUGGUUAUCUGUCCAUUUUUAAAACACUGGUUGGGAUGCGGUUCAUGUGUUAAGCAGCCCCUUGGAACUGCGGUGGUGAUAAUGGCAGCUUUCCCACUUGUCAUAACCAUAGGAUUCAUUCAGUGUUAUUUUCAGCGACAGAAAUGUGGUCAUGUUUGCACAGAGGUACUAAUGAAUUUAUUUUCUGCUUUUUUUUUCAAAUCAUCCAUUGUUUCCUUUCAAAACCAUGGUAACCAACAUGCAUACUAAUUUGAUUCGUGUAUUUUUAGCCCACACAACGAUUGUCAGUUAUACUCCGCAUUGUUUAUUGUCAACUUUCCAGUUAGAUGCUCAGCACCUGGCAUUACAUUUUGGGCAUAUUUAAUAUUAUUAACAAUUUCUAGAAUGGAAAACCUUCUGGUCGUUUUUGCCAAAUGAUUUAAUCCAAUAUCCAUACCAACACAGUGUUGGAUAUUUUCGCGUAAUAUCAAGUCUGUCAUUGCAUUAUCCGCUGAAAUUUUUCCAUGAUUAACUUGCAGGGUGUUGACUUCUACGCAAUUAACACCGAUGCUCAGGCUUUGCUUCAAUCAAGUGCUACACAGAGGAUACGAAUCGGAGAGCAGUUGACUCGUGGGUUGGGUAUGAUUCUAUUCAUUUUUUAUUUUUUAUUCGCAUGUUGUUAUCUGGGGGCGUAAAAUGCUUUCUGCCAUCUCCAGACAGCAUCUAUGUGAAUUCCUGCUGCGGGUGAAAGAUACUGGAGUUCUGGCUGAGAAAAUAUACCACAUUCAUCAUUAUAAAUAGGAUCCAAAGAAUGCAAGAAAACAAAAGAUAAAAUCAAACUCGACCUGGACAUCAUUAUAAGAUGAUCUUGCUCUGUGGCCGUAAUGAAUUACAUCUACUUCACCAUGGUUUCAUCAAUUAUUUGACCCGGACAUGAAACCAUGAAAUGAGACUAUCUCCUGUCUGGUGAUUCCUGUUGAUCUUUAGCUCUUCAGUUAGUUAACAGAUUUUCGGUUCAGAGAUGCAGGUACAGGUGGAAAUCCAGAGUUGGGAGAGCAGGCUGCUGAGGAGUCCAAGGCUACGAUUAGCAAGGUCCUUGAAGACUCUGACCUCGUCUUCAUCACUGCUGGAAUGGGGGGUGGGACCGGCUCUGGGGCUGCCCCGGUGGUCGCCCGUCUAUCCAAAGAAGCCGGCAUUCUGACUGUCGGUGUGGUCACAUAUCCCUUCAGCUUCGAAGGCCGGAGACGGGCCGUACAGGUCUCUGACAUCCUCUUAACAGGCUUGUAGCUAACGUGGGCCCCAGUUCCAAGCCCAUUAAUCUCUCUCUCUCUGUCUGUGCCAUAAAUGUUUUAUCUUUCUUGCAGGCUCUGGAGGCGAUUCAGAAGCUCCAAGAGUGCGUCGACACACUCAUCGUGAUACCCAACGACCGGCUACUCGAUGUGGCGCCGGUGCAGACUCCGCUUCAGGAGGCAUUCCUUCUCGCCGACGACGUUCUUCGGCAGGGCGUCCAGGGAAUUUCUGACAUAAUUAUGGUGAGCCUCCCCUUUCAUGUCGAAAUUCUUUGAACCAUACAUCACCAUCUUCUUCUCACGGUAGAAACACAGAUAUUCUUAAGAAAAAUAUAAUUUACAAAGUAGGAGCACAGGAUGAUCUGAAACUCCUAAGCAGCCCAUUUAUUAUGUGUUCUAGUGAUAAUUAUUUCGAAAAUAAAUGCCAUAUAAAUCACUCUAUAUAUUUUCCAUCAAUCUAUCAAUAGAGUAAUAAAUAAAUAAGAAGAUUGUGUGGUCUUGCAGAUUCCUGGGUUGGUGAAUGUGGAUUUUGCCGAUGUCAAGGCGAUAAUGAGGGAUUCGGGGACUGCAAUGCUGGGUGUGGGGGUCUCCAGCGGCAAGAACCGCGCUGAGGAGGCGGCCCUGCAGGCCACCUCUGCCCCCCUGAUCGAGCGGACGAUCGAGCGAGCAACAGGCGUCGUCUACAACAUCACCGGCGGCAAGGAUCUUACCCUUCAAGAAGUCAACCGGGUCUCUCAGGUUAUAUGGUUCUCUGAGCCAUUUUAUAUGGUUCUCGUCCUUUUCUUUCUCUCUCUAAAUGGAAAUUUCCGGUUUGCAGAUUGUGACGGGCUUGGCGGACCCGUCGGCAAAUAUCAUCUUCGGGGCGGUGAUCGACGAGAGGUAUACUGGAGACAUCCACGUGACGAUAAUCGCAACUGGGUUCCCUCAGAGCUUUCAGAAGACCCUGAUCAAGGACCCCAAAUCGGCUCGGCUGGAGCAGGUCGCCGCCGGCCAUGCUUCGAGGUCGCCGGCGGCGGCGGCGCCUCUGCCGGAGCCAUCUGCCCCCCCAAGGAGACGGGCCCUCUUCUGA